CUUAUAAUCAAAUAAUUUAAUGUUUGCUAAAAAAAAAAUUAAUGUACAAAAUGAGAAUUAAAUACCAAUUUACCACUCACUCACAUAGGCACAGCCAAGCAGCGGCAGGGAGACCAGAAUUAACGAUGAAACGAUUCUUUCAACCAAUUCAGAAAGAUGGUCCCUCUAAGAAACCCGCGCUUUCUCCUUCAGCGAAAGACGGCGAAGAAGCCGCCGCGACGGCCACCGCAGAUCCAAACUCGGCCGUCGCCGGCGAGAAUCAAAAGAGAGACCCCACCAAGUUCCUGACAUGGAAUGCCAACAGCUUUCUGCUGCGGAUCAAGAACAACUGGCCCGAGUUCACCCAGUUCGUGGAGUCUCUUGACCCCGACGUCAUUGCCAUUCAGGAAGUUAGGAUGGCUGCAGCAGGUCCCAAGGGGGCACCAAAAAAUCCAAGAGAGAUUAAAGAUGACACGAACGCAUCCCGUGAAGAAAAACUGAUAAUUACACGUGCUUUAUCAAGUCUACCAUUCAAAAAUUAUGAUGUUUGGUGGUCUCUUUCUGAUUCAAAGUAUGCUGGAACUGCUUUGUUGGUUAAAAAGUGUUUCCAACCAAAGGUCUCUUUCUCACUUGAUGGAACAGGUUCAAAGCAUGAACUCGAUGGCCGAGUUAUUUUGGCUGAAUUUGAGACAUUCAAACUGUUAAACACGUAUGUGCCAAACAAUGGAUGGAAAGAAGAGGAAUCUUCAUUUCCAAGAAGAAGAAAGUGGGACAAAAGAAUGCUUGAGUUUGUUACGCAGGCUUCUAGCAAACCUCUUAUUUGGUGUGGUGAUCUUAAUGUAAGUCAUGAAGAAAUUGAUGUCAGUCAUCCAGAUUUUUUUGCCGCUGCAAAGCAAAAUGGGUAUGUUCCGCCUAAUAAAGAGGACUUUGGGCAGCCUGGAUUUACGUUGGCCGAAAGGAGGCGAUUUGGUACCAUUUUAAAAGAAGGAAAGCUAGUGGAUGCAUAUAGAAUCCUACACAAGGAUAAAGACAUGGAAUCCGGCUUCUCAUGGUCAGGAAAUCCAAUCGGGAAGUAUCGCGGGAAAAGGAUGAGAAUAGACUAUUUCAUUGUCUCGGAAGAACUGAAAGAUAGGAUUUUAUCAUGCGAGAUGCAUGGUCGAGGGAUUGAAUUGAAAGGUUUUUAUGGUAGUGACCAUUGCCCUGUUUCCCUUGAGCUAUGUGGGACUACCCCAAAUGUGGAACAAGGUCUAAGCAGUCCAAAAGAUAGCUGAUUCUGNCCCCCCCCCCCCCCCUAGCCCACAAGCCUCUUUUUUGGGGCUAUGAAUUACCUCUUCACAUUGCACUUCACUAAUUUGAAGAGUAUUUAAAUUCGGAGAAGACCGGGCAGACCAGCUUGACUCAUUGGAUUGCAAACCGUCCAUGGUUCUGGUCCGGUCAAAUGUGUAAACUCGUCUUCUAGAAAACCGCCGAGACCCAUUUUGACCCGGCAAAUCCGAGGAUUUGGUCCCGGUUCUUUUUUUGGCUUCCUAAAAUUUUACUGUAAUAGGUAUUGAAUUCAUGACCCUCCUUGA